AUGGCUUCAGCAGAGCUCUCCGAAGAGAACGACAUCCGCCUCGCAAUUGAAGGCUGCGGCCACGGAACCCUCCACGCAAUCUACGCCUCUGUCGCCGAAGCAUGCAACGUCAAAGGAUGGCCCUCAGUCGAUCUGCUGGUCAUCGGCGGCGAUUUCCAGUCUGUCCGCAAUGCUUACGAUCUCAAUUGCGUUAGCAUGCCGGCCAAAUACCGCUCCAUGUGCGACUUUCAUGAGUACUACUCCGGCAGCCGGACUGCACCUUACCUAACCGUCUUCGUAGGUGGCAAUCAUGAGGCCUCGAACUACUUGUUCGAGCUGUACCACGGCGGCUGGGUAGCACCGAACAUCUACUACCUGGGCGCAGCCAACGUCCUCCGGCUUGGAUCGUUGCGGAUUGCGGGCAUGAGCGGCAUCUGGAAAGGCUACAACUACCGAAAGCCGCAUCUUGAACGUCUGCCCUACAACGAAUCCGAUCUGAGAUCGAUCUACCACACCCGCGAGCUGGACGUGCGGAAGUUGCUGCAGAUCCGGACGCAGGUCGAUGUCGGUAUCAGCCAUGACUGGCCGAAAGGCGUGGAAUGGAAAGGUAACUGGAAGCAGCUCUUCCGUUUCAAGAAGCAUCUCCAGGAUGACGCGACAACUGGCCAGCUUGGUAGUGUGGCUGCGCAGCAAGUCAUGAACUGGCUGAGGCCAAUGUACUGGUUUAGCGCGCACUUGCAUUGCAAGUACGCAGCUGUGGUGGAGUACGACGAGCACGACACAGAGGCCCAGCAGCCCCACACGGCGGAAACGAUUGGUUUGCCACCCACCGGCAACGCUGAUGAGAUCGAUCUUGAGCUUGAAGACGACGUUAACGGCGUUGCACCCGUGGCCCCAGGUCAGGGUCUCGACGGUCUUCAGGUACCUGUGGCCAGCGACGCUCCCAUCAGCGGACCCAUUUCAUCGGCAAAUGAGGCUCGCGCAGCAUUACCGGCCGCUUUCAACAAACCAGCAUCGAUCGCCAGCCACGCUGUAGUCCCUAUUGAGCAUCCUCCCAAGAUCAGCAACCGAAGAACCAACUUCCUAGCGCUCGACAAAUGCCUUCCAAACCGGCAUUUCCUCCAACUUACGGCCAUCCCCAACCACUUAGAUUCCUCCAUCACCCGUCCACUCAAGCUCGCCUACGAUCGCGAAUGGCUAGCCAUCACCCGCGCAUUCGCGCUGACUGAGCCACCCGUCUUUGGCGAUCCGGACUCAACAGUGCCGAGAUCGAAGUCUCAAGCGGAGUACAAGAAUCUGAUUGACGAGCAAAUGCAGUGGGUUGAGGAGCAUCUAACCGAAGUUGAUAUGAUUAUACCGGAGUCUUUUGAGGCUACAGCGCCAAUAUAUGAUGGUGGGGAUUGGACUUUGGCACAGUACAGUCAUGUCGCUGAGUAUCCGAACCCGCAGACUGCGAAGUACUGCGACUUACUGAAGAUACCGAAUGCGCUGGAGCUCAGCGAAGAGCAGAGGUCGGCGAGGAUGGCGGCUGGACCCAGACCUGACACGGAGGCUAAGAGCUUUCGCGGUGAGAGCAGUGGUCGUGGUCGUGGUCGAGGCGGGUUUGGUCGCGGCCAUGGUCAUGGUGGUGCAGGGAGAGGGAGGGGUAGAGGAGGGUUUCGUGCACGUUGA